AUGAUGAGCAUCAAUACCCCAAACGGCACUCAGGGUCGGAAUGGUCGCAAUAAUCCAGCACUUCCGUUUGGCUAUUCUUUCCCUGAAGAUACGCCCUGCGAACCCGCUCCUGCCUCACCCCUCGGGCCAGCGCUUCUUGAUGUUAACGAAACGAAUAUGCUUGAUAACUUCCUCACAACACUAGACGCCAAUCCUUUCGCAAACGACUUUUGGCUUACGGGGCCCCAAGAUGACGCGAACAAGUCUCAUGGAUUGCCAGGCUUUGACUGGUCGAAUGAGCUGCCGCCAACGUUUGAGGGCUCUACAACAUCUCUACCUCAACCACCGUUCCCUCACCAAAGUGUCGAAAAAUCCCUUGGAAUUAUCCCCGAGCAUUCAAAUCCAGACAUCAUGGCUGCAGCUUCUAUGAUUUACCCCAACGGAGUAAAUGGCCCUGAGAUCAACACCAAUUUUGGGAGCCAACCGCUUGCUUUCUCCAAUAUCGAUUACCAACAACUAAAAGGACAUGGAAAGCAACGGCAGCAAAACGGUCAACCACCGGCUAGGCGCCCCAGCACAACUCCUCGAACGCAUUUACCUGUCGCGUUCCAUACACCACAGAUGUUCUUUGAUGUACAUCAGCCGAUAUCACCUGAACAACAAUUGUCUACCAAAGGCCGGCCACUUCACUGGGGAUCCGACUCUAGUUUCAUGGACCAGGGAUAUGUGGCUCCUCCCGAGCAUCCUAGCGAAGAACAACGGACAAAGGAAUUAAUACAAAAUUUGGAAUGCCUCGAGCCCCAAAGCAGCGCUGCUAAUACGCGAGCGCCCACACCAGAUAGGACCGUGAACCAUCACGCCGUCCCGUGGGCAGAUACUCCAGCGGUCAAUCAUAUUAGUGGACUAAGAAAAGACUACGGCGACACUAUAGAAGAGCCGUCACACCCAAAGAAAAAGCAGAGAUUAUCAAUCAAAGAAGAGGACGAUGAUGUUUCUGAUGAGGAUUCUUCCAGGCACCGGUCAAGGCGCUCUAAGGGUGCUGGCAGACGACUAUCUACCGACACGAUUCGAAAGUCGAGAGGCUCGCAAAGCUCGAAACCUCCGCGAGAAAACCUGACGGAAGAGCAGAAACGAAGCAAUCAUAUUCUUUCAGAACAAAAACGGCGGAAUCUUAUCAGGCAGGGGUUCGAGGACCUAUGCAUACUUGUUCCCGGGUUAAGAGGUGGUGGCUUCAGCAAAAGUGCAAUGCUCACCCAGGCCGCCGACUGGCUGGAGGACGUUCUACGCAGUAACAAUGCACUGAAGACACAGCUUGCAGAACUGAAGACUAUGAACGGCCUAGUGAUGCCGCGAUGA